AUGACUUCUAAAUCUGGUAGUUGUAGUAGUAAUAGUGACACUAACACUAUAGAUAUUCUGAAGAAAACAGAUGCUCAGUUCAGUGAAACAACAAUUAGUUUAUCUGUUGAAGUGGACAAUAUUGAACCUGAAGGUAGUUGUGGGUCAAAUGAGUUAACUAAUAUGAUAGUAAAUGAAACCAUUUUCGAGACAGACCCAGUUAAAUGGGUUAUUAACGACGAAUUUCACGACUAUGUUGCAAAAAAUGGUUUUAAUCAAAAUAUGACAAACGGUUUUAUUAACUCCAAACGUGUAUAUUGUGAUAAAACAAGAUAUUUGACCAACAUUAUGUUUAAUAGACGAUUGAUUAAUGGAGAAAUAAUUGUUCAAACUCAACUUGUUACUGAAGGAUUUAAUGAUUGGAAAAAUGCUAUUAGCCGUUUCAGUUACCACGAAAAUAGUAAAGAGCACAGAGAUGCUAUUAUUAAUUUAAAACAUAGAGGUAAUGUCUUGGGGCGUAUUGGUUAUUCAUUGAUUAAACAAUUGGAUACAGAAAUCGAAUAUUGGAGAAAUGUGUUGAAGAGAGUAGUCGAAACUAUUAAAUCGUUAGCUUCUCGUGGACUCCCUUUUCGAGGACAUGAUUCGUAUUUUGGUUCUGUACACAAUGGUCUUCCUGUAGAACGAUUCUUAUGUUUUGUUUCAAAUCCAGGACAUAAAGCUUUAGAUUUGACUAAGGCCAUUACCAAUACUUUAAAAUCACACGAUAUUGACAUUUCUGACUGUCGAGGGCAAAGCUACGAUAAUGCUAGUAAUAUGUCAGGUCAAUACAGUGGAGUUCAGGGACGAAUAAAAGAAAUUAAUCCACUUGUUUAUUAUGUACUAUGUAGCGCACACUCGUUAAAUUUAGUUGGCAUAUCUUCUGCUGAAAGUUGCUCACAAGCAUCAAUGUUUAUUGGAUUUAUACAACAAUUAUACUACUUCUUUUCCGCAUCAACACAUAGAUGGUCAAUUUUGCAAUUAAAUAUGAAACAUAAUGCUAAUACAAUUAAGAGUUUAUCGAAUACUAGGUGGUCGGCUCCCGCAGACGCAUGUCGAGCAUUAUAUAAUUCGUGGGACAAAAUUAUUAAUGCAUUGGUCACUAUCAAGGAUGACAUUUUCGAAAAAUGUGCUACGCGAAAUGAAUCAAAUGGUCUUUAUAAUCAAAUGCAAAAAUUAGAAACAUCAUUUAUGGUAAUUUUCUGGAAUUAUAUAUUAGAACGAUUUAAUGCAUCAAAUAAGCAACUACAAUGUGUUGAAAUUGGAAAUGAUAAAGUUUCUCAAAUUUAUACAUCACUUAUUAAUCUAUACAAUGUUGAUAUAACUCGACAAAAAAAAAAAAAAUUACACUUCGAUGAAAAAGCCGAACAAACUGAGUUAAGUGGUGGAGAUAAAUUUCGAGUUGAAACAUUUUUUGUUAUUAUUGAUAAAAUUACUAAUGAACUUGAAAAAAGACACCAGUUCUACAAAACGUUUUGUGAUUUAUUCGAAGUAUUACUAAAAAUUACAUCUUUAAAUUCUUUGAAAAUAGUUGAGUCCGCUGAGAAAUUGCAAAAAAUGUACCCGAAUGAUUUGGAUAAUACUUUUUUGUCAGAAUGCUUACAUUUGCAAUCUUAUUUACUGAAUAGUAAUAUCGAUAUUGACAUCGAUAUUUUAACUCCAAUCACACUGUGUCAGUAUUUGAGAGAAAAAUCUUUACAUAUUGAAAUAUUUCCAAAUGUUGACACUGCAUUAAGAAUUUUCAUAAAUGUACCAGUUUCCAAUUGUACUACCGAGAGAUCAUGUCGUAGAAGAGACAUAAAUUGCAAAGGUCGUAUACAUAUCACGCUUGGUGAAAUACGUGUCGUGAAUGGCCAUGGAGGCCUUGAUGAAUCAUCUACAAGUGUAGAAAUAGGAGUUAUUACAUUAGAUGAUUUAUUGUUUGUGAAUGGUGGAGAAACAGAUAAAUCUGAAGAAUUUGUCAAUACUAUAGAAGUGUACAACCCAACACCAAUACCUGGUCCAUGGAAACAAUGUCAAGAAGUAACAUUUACAUCUGUGUUUUUAGUAAAAUAG